GCUCAUUGAGAGUCUGGCAGCGCCGGGCAACUGGGGCGCGGCUGUGCGCAGCGUCCCGCGCGCUCCGCGAGGGGACGCCGCGCGGCGAGGGCCGGGUCGCGGGCUCCAGCCAGCCGGUCCCUAACCGGUCCCCUGGCUCGGAUUUCCGACGGAAGGGUUGGACUGCGCAGCGUUCUGAGGGGGUCCGGAAGUUCGGACAUGGUGACUGAAGGAGGGUGACGUGGUCAGAUAAGGGACCAGGGGGCAGGGGGAAGAGGCCAAGAGCGUCAGCAACGCGAGCGGAGCUGGGAGGUGCGUGAAGCGCCAGCGGAGGAGGAGGAUCCCGAGCCCAAGGUCCUGCCAUGGAGCUGCGCUCCGAGCUGCCUAGCGUGCCCGGCGCAGCGACGGCGGCGGCAACGGCGACAGGGCCGCCCGUGGCGUCUGUGGCGUCGGUGGCAGCGGCGGCGGCGGCGGCCGCGUCGCUACCGGUGAGCGUGGCGGGUGGCUUGCUAAGAGCGCCGCCGCUGUUGUUGCGGGCGGCGGAGAAGUACCCGCGGACCCCCAAGUGCGCGCGCUGCCGCAACCACGGCGUGGUGUCGGCGCUCAAGGGCCACAAACGCUACUGCCGCUGGAAGGACUGCCUGUGCGCCAAGUGCACGCUCAUCGCCGAGCGCCAGCGCGUCAUGGCGGCGCAGGUGGCGCUGCGCCGGCAACAGGCGCAGGAGGAGAACGAGGCGCGCGAGCUACAGCUGCUCUACGGCACUGCCGAGGGCCUGGCGCUCGCCGCCGCCAACGGCAUUAUCCCGCCGCGACCUGCCUACGAGGUCUUCGGCUCCGUGUGCGCCGCCGACGGCGGGGGGCCGGGAGCGGGAGCGCCCGCGGGGACCGGAGGCGGCGCAGCGGGCGCGGGGAGCUCAGAGGCCAAGUUACAGAAGUUUGACCUGUUCCCCAAGACGCUGCUUCAGACCGGCCGCCCCGGCAGCCCGCAGCCGCCACCGGGGAAACCCUUAUCACCCGACGGCGCGGACUCGGGGCCUGGGACAUCUUCUCCGGAGGUGCGGCCGGGCUCGGGCUCGGAGAACGGCGACGGCGAGUCCUUCUCGGGGUCGCCCCUGGCCCGGGCCUCCAAGGAGGCAGGUGGGAGCUGCCCGGGCAGUGCAGGCCCGGGAGGUGGUGGCGAGGAGGACAGCCCGGGCUCCGCCAGCCCUUUGGGCUCCGAAUCCGGUUCCGAGGCCGACAAAGAAGAGGCAGAGGCCGCUCCCGCUCCAGGGCUGGGCGGGGGCCCGGGUCCACGGCAGCGGACGCCGCUGGACAUCUUGACGCGCGUCUUCCCGGGCCACCGGCGAGGCGUCCUGGAGCUGGUGUUGCAGGGUUGCGGCGGCGACGUGGUGCAGGCCAUCGAGCAGGUGCUGAACCACCACCGCGGGGGCUUGGCGGCCGGCCUCGGUCCCGCCGUGCCCCCUGAUAAGGCCGCAGUGGGUGCAGUAGCAGCUGCGGACGACGCGUGGCCGGGCCGCGUCGACGCCGCCGCUGCCGGGGGGCCCGGGCUGCCCGCGCCGCUGCAGGCCGGCCCCGCCGCUCCUCCGCACCACAGACCUUUGCUGGCCGGCGCCAUGGCGCCUGGGGCGCUGGGCUCGCUGAGCAGCCGCUCGGCAUUCUCACCACUGCAGCCCAACGCCAGUCACUUCGGCGCCGAAGCAGGCGCCUACCCGCUGGGCGCGCCGCUCGGCCUCAGCCCCCUGCGCCUGGCCUAUUCCGCGGCAGCGGCGCACAGCCGUGGCCUGGCCUUCAUGGCUCCCUACUCGACCGCCGGCCUGGUGCCCACACUCGGCUUCCGCCCGCCCAUGGACUACGCCUUCAGCGACCUCAUGCGCGACCGCUCGGCCGCCGCUGCUGCGGUGCACAAGGAGCCCACCUACGGCGGCGGCCUGUACGGGCCUAUGGUCAAUGGCGCCCCUGAGAAGCAGUAGGGCCAGGGGCCCGGAAGCCGGGCCGCCCCCAAACGGGGACCCCAGCCUUGAUCCCGCGGGCCGCCGCUCCCUCUUUGCCCGGUGCGCUCUCGGCGCCUCGGCUGGGGUGUUCUCGCUCAAAGGUGAUUUUCGGUUUUGUUUUGGAAGGUGGGCGGAGAGCUGAGCGAAGGGGGAGCAAAUACAGAUGCAGGUCUUCUCAGAGAGGGUGCGUGGGCCUGAUCCUCAUCCUCUGGCCACCUCCUCAAGACUCCUCCAGCCCUUCAAAAGGCCGGGAAUUCUUGAGAAUCAGAGGCUGCGGCCGCCGCACACGCUCCCGCCUCUCCUUUUCCUGUGCUCAUCCCACCCGCCCGCUCUCCAGUGGAUGGCAGGAUAGUCCGAGAGUCUGUCUUCUGUGUCUCCCUCUCCUUAUUAAAAAAUUUUAAAAAAAUAUUCGCUCUAACAAAUAUAAAUUUAGGAUGUAUAAAUCUCUUGACACUGAGUCGAGUCUUUGGGACACACAUAUAUAUAUCGAUAUCAAUUGUAAAAAAAAAAAAAGGAAACAAGUUCUAAGGUGCACUUUCCUCGUUGCGGUAUUUGUCGCUCUCUUUGUUGCUUAUGCCAAUAAGCAUGGGUUUCCUUGGUGCAGUGUGAGUUUUUAUAUAUGUAUAAAUCUAUAUAUAAUCUAUACAUAUAUAUAUACAAGCCAGUGUAUAAUGUUAUAAAAUGGAAUUCUAAGUUAUUAAUUGUAAUCUGUAGGUGACCUCGGUAUUAACGUGAAAAAUAUUCAAAAACAAGCAAAAAAAAAAGGACAAAAUGGAAAAAAGUAGACUAUGCGCGCAUUGUACUUAUCAGGUUUUAUAGAUUAAAUAUAUUGUAAACUCGGGACAAAUCCUGCCCACCCGCCCCUCUUGCCUGCGGCCGAUCUCUCCCUAAGAUGCGGUCAAGGUGCGCACUGAAGCAGGAACAGAGCGACGAGUGACUGAGCCAGAACCGCCCUCCCGAGAGCCCAUCCUCGCCUCCCGGGACUCGCCAAACGCCCGGCCCGAAGGGACGGCAGCGGGAAACGCUGCUGCAGAGAAUGGCUCACUUUGUGCUUUCCUUUGCAUAGACAUGAGCUAGAAAUAAAUGUUAUUUUCUAAGAAAACA